UACGCAUUUCCGCACUUCCGUAUCCGCCGUUUCGCACGCCAACUGUUAUGGCUGCUUUCGCUGCAUCGCACGUGUUGUAGUAAACUUUUCGUAUUGUUUUGUCGUGAUUUCGUUGUUCGCGUCAAGAUGUUGGUAUUGUUUGAAUCGCCUGCGGGCUAUGCUAUCUUCAAAGUUCUGGACGAGAAGAAACUUCAGGCAACAGACAACCUAUACAAAGACUUCGAGACACCGGACAAGGCUUCCCGCGUCGUGAAACUGAAGCAUUUUCAUAAAUUUGAAGACAUGACCCAAGCCCUCGCAGCCGCCACGUCCGCUAUCGAAGGCAAGAUGAGUAAAAGCUUGAAGAAAGUCUUAAAGAAGGUAGUUGCAACCGAAGCACACGAAAGUCUCGCCGUUGCAGACGCCAAGUUGGGGUCCGUUAUCAGAGAAAAGUUCGAAAUCAGUUGCGUUGCCAACUCGUCUAUUCAAGAACUUAUGCGGUGUAUUAGGUCACAAGCCGAAAGCCUUAUUACAGGUCUGCCUAAGAAGGAGAUGACAGCCAUGGCACUCGGCCUUGCUCAUAGCCUCUCUCGUUACAAGCUGAAGUUCAGCCCCGACAAGGUAGACACCAUGAUCAUUCAAGCUGUGUCUUUGCUAGAUGAUCUUGACAAAGAACUUAACAACUACAUCAUGCGAUGUAAAGAAUGGUACGGCUGGCACUUCCCUGAACUUUCCAAGGUAGUCACGGACAAUAUGCAGUAUGUCAACACAGUCAAAGCCGUGGGAAUCCGUACAAAUGCUAUCACGACAGACCUCUCCGAAAUCCUGCCCGAAGACCAAGAAGCCAAAGUCAAGGAGCUCGCUGAAGUAUCAAUGGGAACCGAGAUUUCCGAAGAAGACAUUCGAAACAUUCUCCAUCUGUGCGAAGAAGUGUUGCAGAUGAGCACCUACAGAGCGCAGUUGUAUGAGUAUCUCAAAAACAGAAUGAUGGCUAUCGCUCCCAACCUAACAAUAUUAGUGGGAGACCUCGUUGGGGCUCGGCUGAUUUCACACGCCGGCUCGCUACUAAGUCUCGCAAAGCACCCGGCAUCCACGGUGCAGAUCCUCGGUGCGGAGAAGGCACUGUUCCGUGCACUGAAGACUAAACACGACACUCCAAAAUAUGGACUCAUCUACCAUGCACAGCUGAUUGGACAGAGUACACAACGCCUCAAAGGAAAGAUGUCUCGAAUGUUGGCUGCCAAAGCCGCCCUGGCAACAAGAGUGGAUGCUCUCGGCGACGAGGGUACCAGUACGGAACUCGGUCUCGAGCACAGAGCCAAGUUGGAGUGUCGGCUAAAGGUACUCGAAGAGGGCGGAACCCGUAGGAUAAGCGGUACCGGGAAAGCGAAAGCGAAGUGGGAGCGGUAUGAGAACAAGAGUACCUUCCAGGAGUACCACAGCGGGGCUGACUCCACGUUGCCUACGUCGGCGCAGAAGCGGAAAUUCGAGGAUGAAGCCGCGGACGAAAAGCCUACGAAGAAGGUGAAGGUUGAAGAUGGAGAAGAACAAAAGCCAAAAAAGAAGAAAAAGGUCUCCACAGAAGAGGAAGAAGAACCACCUACCUCUGGGAAGAAAAAGAAGAAGAAGCUUUCUGAAAGUGUGGAUGAAGAGGUAGCUAGUGAAACGCCAGGAAAAAAGAAAAAGAAGAAGAAAAGUGAAGCCAGCAAUGGUGAAGAAGCAGAGGAGGAGCAUGUUGAGGUGAAGGUAGAGACAUCGGGGAAGAAAAAGAAAAAGGUGUCAGAAAGUGCUGCAGUAGAGCAAGACACAGAAACACCUGGGAAGAAGAAAAAGAAGAAGAAAGCUGCAAGUACAGGUGAAGAGGAAGCCCAAGAGGAUGAAGUGGUGGUCAAGGCAGAGCCUGUCACCCCAAAGAAGAAGAAAAAGAAAAAGUCGAAGCAGACAGAGGAGGAUGAAUGAAGCAGAAGCUUGGUUUAAGAAAAUCGUCUCGAAGCGAGAUGUUAUGCCAAUAAAAGUCACGUUAUCAUUUUUA